GUUCUUACGGUUAUUUGCCCGGGUUCUCUACUUUAGGGUUUUCGGCUCCUGCAAAACGCAUCGAAGCCUUAAUCUCAAUUUCCCAAUCUCUCUCUCUCGAAAACGAAAAUUUUCUUCUAUCCUCGUCGAGGUUUCGUGAAUACUUUCAGAGAAUUCACGUUUUACAAGUCAUGGCCGGAAAAGAUCAAGAUUACCGAAUAUUUGUUGGCGGGCUAGGAUGGGACGUCACCGAACGUCAGCUUGAAGAUGCCUUCGCUCGUUUUGGCAAGAUUCUUGAUUGUCAGGUGAGCUUCAGCUUUUUCUCCUUUCCAAUUGCAUUAUUUUGCUGUUUUUAUUCUUUCCCCAAAAUGUGGAUGUUUCCCCCGAAAUUGAAAUUUCUGUCCCAGCAUCUUCGGUUUCCCCUGUUUCCUGGCAUUGGUAUCUUCGCUAUUUAAUAAUACAUUUAAAAUGUUAGUAAUGGCAUACUCUUACUUAUUUGAGCAGCUUUAAACUUUGUACAUAUUUUGACUGUUUGAAUGUUUGUGUUCUUGAUUAAAUAAGGGGUCAUAGUCAUACAGAUUCCGCUUGAUAUAGCUAUAAUGUGAAGUUAAUCCGUUGUGGCAUCUAAUCCAUUUGUUAUCUUGAAACCGCAAAUUCGGUUAUCAUGGUCAUUUGGCUUAUCAAUAAAGACUUUUAGGUUCAAUAUGUGAAGUAUAUCAAAGUGCAUAUGAUAUUUACUGGUUUUCAGGUUCUAUAUUCUUUAAGUGCAUCUCUGCUCUUGAUUCCAGUUCUUUAAUACUUGUUUUCUGUAUGUUGGCGUUCUUUCUCUGUUUUUCAAAAUCAUAUCCAUGGAGGGCAUUAGGAUUCUACCGCACUUCAUUUAAAAUUGCGUUCUUGUUUGUGUUGAGCAUUAACCAAAGUUUCAAUAAUCUGUCCUGUUCAUGCUCUUCAGAGGAGAUUUAGGUGCUUGACUGUGAAUAUUUCAAGAGAAAUUCACUUUGAUUUUCUUUGCAAACAUACUUUGUAGUUUGUUAUCUUUGAAUAGAUGGGAAAUUGGCUUUGUUUGGGUUGAAAUGAAUAUCAGACAUACUUUAUACUUUCUAAACGUUAGAGAAAAAUUUACCUCUUUUGAAUUGAAGCAUUUUCAAUUUCUGUGAUCAUCAUAUGUGCAAACUCGUAUCUUCUUCGUAUUUGCCUUGUAGACAUGGUAAUGCCUUUAUUGUUCAUCAAUGGCGCUUUGAGUAUUAAUUCUGUUUAUUCUUUCUGUUGUUGUAUGGUGUUUUCAGUAUCUGAAUGAUAUAGAUGGAAUAAGUUUGGGGAAGGUUUGGUAUCUACUUGAUGCUUCCGGCUAGUGAAGACCGGUGUCUAUCAUCUUAGUUAUGAGUUGGCUGUUUUGUGAGACUUGAUUGGUAGAGUGCUUGCUGAGGCUUAGGCUGAUUCUAUUUUUGAUAAGUCAAGUAUGUUGAGAUAUCUGAUAUUUAUACAGAAGGAGAAAGAAAGGAUGCCAUAUAUGAGAUUUUGGUAUGCUGUUGUGACUUUUAUAAGUUGCUGGAUUCACCGAUUUGCUUGAUUAGCCGGCUUCAAGAGGCCUUUUGUGUUAACUGAUUUAGUUCUGCUGGGCAUGUUUGUGCAUUUAUAUGUUUAAUAAUAAUUUAUCGGCUACCUUCAGGAUGGUGUUUCACCAGAAUGGUAGUUUGUUUUGCCCUUCUAAACUAAAUGAAUAGUGAAUUCUGUUGGUUAGAAACUUAUGGACUCUGAAGGAAGGGAAAAAAGUAGGUGAGCUUAUUAGCUUUGUUUGUAUCUGUGGUAGUUGAUCGUGUCUAUGGAUCUGUUGCGAGCAUGGAGUAUCUUCUCCCUUCUUGAGCUAACUACUUAAACCACUCUGGGCACUUUGAGGUUGCUAUAUCAAGGUCGCUCUCGGUUCAGAUAAUUGCUAUGGAUUUGAUGGAUAAUCACAUGUAUUACCUAAGUUGAAAAGAGCAUCCAGCAAUCUGAUAUACUUCUGCCUUUUUCUUUUUAGGAUGUAUAUACUGUUAAGUUUAGUUGAGGUUUAAUACAUCAUCAUUAAAAGUGCUCUUGUUGGAAGUUAUCUGAGAAAUGCAAUUGGUUUCUCUUUCUAUAAUUUUUCGGGGCGUUGAAAGUUAAUCUGCAUGUUCCUAUGAAUGCCGUUGAAAAUGAUAUGUAGCUAUCCAUCACUGGUGUGAACGAAAAACUCAAAGCUCGCUCUAGUGCCAUGGGGAGCCUGAACUCUUGGACAGUUUCCUUUGACCUCUCUUAAAAGCUAGAGCUGCUAUAACCGGAUGCAUUUUUCUUGAUCAAUUUUCAUUAGGAUGUGAAUUUUUUUGUGUAUCAUGGUGUAUCUACUUGCUUAAUGGGCACCUUGUGAGUGUAACAAUUGGUUUGGCUGUGGCAUGGCUCCAUCUUGUUUGCAGCAUUCUCUAGUUGGAUGCUCUAUGGUUUGAACAAAUAGCUUCACCACGAGCUAUGCUUUUCUUUCUUUUGUGUCCCCUUUCUGAGGGCUGUCUUUUUCUGCGGGCCAAUGCUUGACUUCAGGGUAAGAAUAUGAUCGCAGAAGCAAUGCACCCAAGUUUGUAGUCUCCUUUCUUAUCAUCUGUCAGUUCUGGAUUCCGAAUGUGGUUCCUGCCUGCAUUUUCUUCUUGUGCUUGCCUCAGUUUGAUGGUUCUUAAAUAGGCAAGUAUGUAUGGCCCCUGUGAUGGAAUGGACAUCCAGGCUAGCGUUGUUUCUUUUUUCGAGAAAAAUGUGUGACCUCUCCGACGGAGUUAAGCUUCUGCUUGUAGGAUGUCUUGACUAGUAUACCUGUACAUCUAUUGCAUGGUGAAAGUUUUGGUUUGCUUCACAAGCUAAGCAUAUGGACCACUUUUUUUUGGACUGAUGGAAUUCUUAGUUUUGUUUCCAUGGCUACCAAUACCAUUAUAUCUGUAUUGGUUAGAUGAUGGUAUAGACAGUGCAAAGCUAGGUUUGAGGGUUGAUUGUGAUGAGAUUCAGCUGAUUGAAAUGAUAAGUACCCUUGUAGACAUGUUCAGCUUAUCAAUCAAGAUGUCAGAAGUUUGAGCAGUGGUUUUGAAGGAUGGCUGCGGUAUAUUACAUUCUAAUUUGGGCUGCUAGUGGUUCAGUUUCUUCGUAAGCUUUCCCGUUAAUUGACCAGUAAUGCUCUGUUGGCCAGAGUUUGAAGUAAUUCAGUUUCUCCAUAACCUUGCUGUUAAUUAAUCAACCAGUAAUGAUGUGUUUGUCAGAAUUUGAAGUAACUGAAAUGGAAGCGAUUAUUUAAAUGAAUACCAGCAAUGAUAUCUCUUCAAAACGGCUAGGAAAUUAUCAGCAUGUAGUUUGUUUAGAGAUAAAUAGAGAACACCGCGUUUGAGUUUUGAGCUUGAUGCAUUGAGUUUGUUGAUGUUGGAAAUUCACGGUUCUCUUGAUUCUUCCAUAAAUGUAAGGUUUCUGCACUUCUACAGAUCACAUUUUUGUUGAUUAGAAUUUCUAAUAUCUACUAGCCUCUUUACACUUUUGUGUUUCUCAUUUUUCUCUGGAUGAUUGUUUUUCCAUCGUUUGGUUGAGGCAGAAAGAAAGUUGAACAUGACCAAGGUGUUUGCUUUUGAAUUUUUUAUUGUUUAUUUCAAGUGCUACAAUCAUUGCUACAGAGUAUGUCCUGUUGCGUAAUUUUGAAUUUUUAAUGGUGCAUAAUUUUUGGCGAAGAAAGAUUGAUUAGGUAACUGUAUUUUGUUGAUCUGAUUGUUGGUCAUUAAUUACGACUUUGUGUUGAAGCCUGCUGUGAAUUGUCUUUCUUUUGCUCAAGUUUUCUUUUUCCAUUGCAUUAUGGGGACGGUUUGAGGUCAUGGUUUAAGUUUGUGGUGGUUGUAAUUCAUUCGGUUUACUGGAUUUUGGGAGUUCAGAUAGCAGUUGCGUAAAGUUCCCAAUUGUGGUAUCCCUUCCUUUAUGAUAGAUCCGUUGAAGUGCUGCUUUUUGUGCUCAAAAUGAGUUGUAGCAUCUGCCUCUCUUAGUUGUACCCUAUCGUAUAGGUCAUGCUGGAAAGAGACACUGGUCGCCCUCGUGGAUUUGGGUUUCUGACUUUUGCAGAUCGGCGGGCAAUGGAUGAUGCUAUCAGGGAUAUGAAUGGUCGGGAGUUUGGUGAUCGAGUUAUCUCUGUUAACAAGGCUCAGCCAAGGGGUGAAGAUUCAGAACAGGGCUAUGGUAGUGGUUAUCCAUCUGGUGGUCGGGGAAGCUAUGGCGUUGACAGGUCCGUUGGCCAGGAUGACUGUUUCAAGUGUGGGCGACCUGGUCACUGGGCGCGAGAUUGCCCGUCAGUAGGUGGUGGCCGAGGUCCUCGUCCGAUAUCACCCCGGCCCCGGUUUGGUGGUGGGCUUGGUGGUCGAGGGGAUCGCUAUGGAGGCGAUCGUGAUCGCUACGUGGAUGAUAGGUAUGAUCGAGGACGUAAUGGAGAUAGGGACCGUUUUGACAGCAGAGAUGACCGUGACCGAUAUAUAAACCGCGGUCGUUAUGUUCCAGAGAGGUAUCCUCCUCCUGGGGAUCGAUUUGUGGCUGAUAGAUAUGGGGUUUCUGACCGGUAUGCUCCGGCUGGAUAUGGGAAAGACAGAGGCUAUGAUAGGGAAGAAGGGCUAAGAAGCACUAAUGACAGGUAUGCAGUUGGAGGGCCAGCUCGUUAUGAAAGAAGUUACCGGGACAGGGCUGGACCUUAUGAUCGGCCGAGGAGGGGUGGCCGCCCUCCAUCCUUCGACCGCUACUAAUUGUUAGCUAUGCUUCUGUGGUGAGUGUCCCUUGUAUGUUGCAGUCUAGUUUUCUACUGGUGUUUGGGGGUUUCUUGUUAUUAGAAUGGUAGUAAUCUUUGUUACUGGCCUUCCCUGAACUGAUUGGAAUAUGUGCUGUAGCUUUCUUUCCUUUUCUUAUUUUCUACAAUAAUCUCCCCUUAAAUGCCGUUGGUUACUAGUGUAAUCUUAGAUGUGGCUAGCAGAGUAUUUCCUUUCAAAAGUGUGGACCUUUAGUUCCUAAUUUCCUUUCAAAAGUGUACCUUUUAAUUCUAACUUGGCUUCAGUGUGGUCAUUUUGUAAUGUACCUGUGGUGAUAAAAUCAUUUAUAUUUCAAUUGGCAGAAGGGGUAGAAAAUUCAUUCGUUUUGAAUAAUGGUUUAUCAAAAAGGGAACGUAAAACAAAAAAUCAUUCUCAUAAAAAACAGGACACUCCGUAGUCCAUUUUCAUAAUGUCAAAUCUGAGUGGUUUUCAUUGACUUUGUUGUGGGCUUAGGCAGAUUUUCCAUCUUGGGGUUAGUUGCCAGCCAUGACAAAGAAGAAAAUUAACCAAUUCUUAGGGGUGGUCGGUCCAUGAUGCGAAGUGGAUGUGCUUGGUGUUUAUUUCGCAAAUAUUAGGAUUUCGGUUUAAUAAUUGAUUUUCAGCCCCCCCCAAAAAAGAAUCAGAGACUGCUUUAACAUUCUUUUCGUUCGACUUUUUUUAAGAAAGAGCCACACUAUUUGGUAUUUGGCACAUCUACAAUAAAGUUGGG